GCUCCCUCCUCUCUCGUCUUCUUCCCCGUCGUGGUCCGACAUCUCGCGCCCCACCCCCUCGUACAAUACCCGAAAUUACACUGCCCCCCUCCCCUCUCGCCGGUGCGCGCGCCGUUAGGGUUUCCGCUGCCGCUCCCCGCCCACCCCGUUCUCCUCUCGUCAGCGGCGAUGGCGUCGGCGUCGGCCCCGGCCCCGGCGGCGGGGGCAGGCGCUGGGGGCGGGAAGGACGACGAGCUCGCCGAUCUGGUGCGGCGCCUCGUGGACGCCCUCGCGCGCUACGCUGAUCGCCUCCCCUUCGACCUCGAUCGCCAGAAACUUCGUUCGCUUACUACACUUGCUGCAAUCUCGGUCACACUUCUGUUUGCCUGGAAAAUGUUGAGAGCUCCUCAAGAGCAACCUCGGAGGCCUCGUAGGAGGGCUGCCCCUUCAUCUAGCAACACCAGCAGUAGAUUGCGACCAGGUGCUUUAGCCGCAACAGAUGCUUGUUCAUCAGCAGAUUCAAGAGCACAUGAAGCAGUCAAUCAGCUUUUCCAGCCAGUAAAUUUGACUCUUGAGCAGCUUGUCAGGCAUAAGCUGAGCGAAGGAAGAAGGGUCACAUGCCGCUUACUUGGUGUGAUUUUGGAGGAAACAACUCCAGAGGAGCUUCAGAACCAUGUCACAGUGAGGCCUUCUGUUAUGGAGGUUCUUCUAGAAAUUGCAAAAUUCUGUGAUGUCUAUUUGAUGGAGCGCGUUCUUGAUGAUGAAAGUGAGGAAAAGGUUUUAUCUGCCCUGAGCGAAGCUGGACUUUUUGCUAAUGGUGCCUUGAUAAAUGACAAGGUUCUCUUCUGUAGUACAGAGAACGGCCGUACAUCUUUUGUUCGGCAACUCGAGCCUGAUUGGCACAUUGACACAAGUCCGGAAAUUGUUCACCAAUUAGCUAGGUUUAUCAAAUAUCAACUGCACAUUUCGCCGCAGCAACCAGAAAGAAUAGCAUCCAACGUUUUCAGCUCCCCGAGCUUGGAGCAGUAUUUUGGAGGCUUGGAUCAGAGAUGAUUAGAGAUCAAACUCAAUCCAACAAAGCCGUGGUUUAGUGAGAACUGAGAACAUCAUUGUUCAUUUUUUUUUCUUCUCGCUUGAAUGGUGGAACUAGAUUUUCUUGUAUCAUGUGUAAAAGCCUUGUGGCAUGUACUAGUAACCCCUCUGUAAUGUGCCCCAUAAGGCAUGAGCUAUGCAAGGAGACGAUGCCCCGUAAGGCAUGAGCUAUGCAAGGAGAUAGCAUCUGUAGUUGCAUACUUGAUGUAUGAGUUGUGUUCAUGUAUAAGUAUAACCAAAACAAUUGUAAUUGUCAACCUGCUCCUCCCGCCAUUCGUUCUUUGUUC